AUGAAGAUGACCGGAAAUCCCGUCGAGUCAGGCAAUAUUGCCGCCAUUAUCAAACAGCUCGGUGGCCUCAGCUCAAAACUUGAGCUGGCUAAUGACCAAUCACCAGAGUCGAAGCUCUACUCUUUUAUUCCGAUUGCUUCCAGGAUCGUUGUCGACUUGAACCUCUUGGAGUAUAUUGUGAAUCAUGACAAAGCAAUCACGUCUGAAGAGCUCGCGUCGCUCUCUGGUGGAGAAGCGCUACUUAUUACUCGACUACUCCGGGCUUUGGCUUCAGUGAACUUUUUGAAUCAAGUUGGUGAAGAAGUAUGGCAAGCUACCCCAGUCACAAAGGCGAUGGCCAGUGAAGGGAUCUCUGCUGGGAUUCGAGUGAUCGGUGAGAUGGUAGCGGGGGCAGCCAGCAAGGCACCGAAAUACCUCAAAGAAGCUGGUUAUAGUUGUCCAACGGACCCCCAUGACGGAUUCAUGCAAUAUGCCCUUCAAACGAAAUUAACAUCCUACCAACUUUUCAACUCGAUCCCUCGAGUUCAGAAGGACUUUAAUAAUUUCAUGGGAAAUACAUUGGGAGCAAGGAAGAUGUGGCUCGACUGGUACCCAAUCGAAGAGUUGCUCAAUGGCGCAGUACCAGAUUCGGCCUUACUCGUAGACGUUGGCGGUGGUAAGGGCCAUGACCUUGUCGCCUUCCACAAGAAGUACCCUAAUAAGGGUCGACUGGUACUUCAGGACUUUGCCAUCGACACAAUUGGAGACCUUGAUCCUGCGAUCGAGCCAAUGUACUACGACUUUUUCGCUGAACAACCCGUCAAAGGUGUGCUUAUUUUUAUUUCACCCCCUUCCCCUAUACCUCAUCUUUUUGACGCCCGCUUAUGUUUUAAUACACUAGGUGCAAGGGCAUACUACUAUCAUCACAUAUUACAUGACUGGUCUGAUUACAAAUGCUUGGAAAUAUUGAAGCAUGUAAGAGACGCCAUGAAGCCAGGGUAUUCGAAACUAUUCCUACAUGAAAUGAUCAUACCAGAAACUGGAGCCUCCCCAAUCUACGCCAUGCUUGACAUAACGAUGAUGUGUUUCAACGCAGGUAUGGAGCGCACCGAGCGACAGUGGCGCGCAGUGUUGGAGACAGCUGGCUUCGAAGUUGUGAAAGUCUGGCCAGGCCCGGAAGUGGGUAGCGAUGGUAUGGUAGAAGCAAUGGUCAAAGAAUGA